GUCUUCGAAGCAAAGAAACAUUCUAGUGAGAACUUCCACUACGAACAGAUCAAAAUGGCGUUCAAGGUUGUGAUCCUCUGCGCUUUCGCCCUUAUGGUCCAGUCCAUCUCCGGACAGAGCUGUGGUUGCUCGUGCGGGUCCGGCCGCUCUGGCAAAUACAGCAGCUCCGGCUCUAUUGGCUCCGUGUCCGUCUCCAACAGCGGCGGCGACCUCCUCGUCACCAGCGUCGGCCCCAUCUCCCCCUCCGGCAUCGCCGUCUCCUCCGAGCUCGACCUGCGCGGAGACUUGGACGUUAACGGGCAACUGCCGUUCCUGAGCGCCGUGAAGUUCUCUGGCGAAUACGACACUAAAGGGUCCGGCUGCGUGGACUACAGCUGCGGCACCUGCGGGAACGUGGCCAUCACCAGCGUGCAGGGCGGCGGCUCCGGUUGCGGCUGCGGCUCCAAAUACUAA